CUUUCUCCUCCUCCUCCUCCUCGUCGUCGUCUCCGGACUCCUCCUCCUCCUCCUCCUUCCCGGCGGCCGCCUCCCCGUCCCCGCGCGGCGGGAUGGACGAUCAGUCGAGGAUGUUGCAGACUCUGGCCGGGGUCAACCUGGCCGGCCACUCGGUGCAGGGGGGCAUGGCCCUGCCGCCUCCCCCCCACGGACACGACGGACCCGACGGGGACGGCAGGAAGCAGGACAUCGGCGACAUCCUCCACCAGAUCAUGACCAUCACCGACCAAAGCCUGGACGAGGCGCAAGCAAAGAAACAUGCAUUGAACUGUCACAGGAUGAAGCCCGCUCUCUUCAGCGUCCUGUGCGAAAUCAAAGAGAAAACGGGUCUCAGCAUCAGAGGAGCCCAGGAAGAGGACCCUCCUGAUCCCCAGCUAAUGAGACUGGACAAUAUGCUUUUGGCAGAAGGGGUUUCAGGUCCUGAGAAAGGUGGGGGAUCGGCAGCAGCAGCUGCAGCCGCAGCAGCCUCUGGAGGUUCUUCAGAUAACUCUAUUGAACACUCAGAUUACAGAGCCAAAUUGACCCAGAUCAGACAAAUCUAUCACACAGAACUGGAGAAAUAUGAACAGGCAUGUAAUGAAUUCACUACGCAUGUGAUGAACCUUCUCCGAGAACAGAGUCGAACGCGCCCCAUUUCCCCAAAAGAGAUCGAAAGGAUGGUGGGCAUCAUUCAUCGAAAAUUCAGUUCCAUUCAGAUGCAGCUCAAACAAAGCACUUGUGAAGCAGUAAUGAUUUUAAGAUCAAGGUUCCUUGAUGCCAGGCGAAAAAGACGAAACUUCAGCAAACAGGCAACAGAAAUCUUGAACGAGUAUUUUUACUCACACCUCAGCAACCCUUACCCCAGUGAAGAAGCCAAAGAAGAGCUGGCAAAGAAAUGCAGCAUCACAGUAUCCCAGGUAUCCAAUUGGUUUGGCAACAAAAGAAUCAGGUACAAGAAGAACAUAGGGAAGUUUCAGGAAGAAGCCAAUCUCUAUGCUGCAAAAACGGCUGUGACAGCCGCACAUGCAGUAGCAGCUGCUGUCCAGAAUAACCAGACCAACUCGCCCACCACACCAAAUUCCGGUUCUUCUGGUUCUUUUAACCUCCCCAAUUCUGGGGACAUGUUCAUGAACAUGCAGAGUCUGAAUGGGGAUUCUUACCAGGGGUCCCAAGUCGGAGCCAAUGUGCAAUCACAGGUGGAUACCCUGCGUCAUGUUAUCAAUCAGACGGGAGGCUACAGUGAUGGCUUGGGAGGAAAUUCACUGUACAGUCCACAUAAUUUAAAUGCUAAUGGAGGCUGGCAAGACCCCACAACUCCAUCUUCUGUGACUUCCCCUACAGAAGGCCCGGGAAGUGUGCACUCUGAUACCUCUAACUAAUCUCCUAGCAACCCUUUUCCCUGAGCUGAUGAUAUGCCUUGAUAAGUGCAGUCAGAGCAAUAGGAGGAAAAGGAAAGAUUUUUUUGUAGGCCACCAUCUACAGCUUUACUGUAAAACCUUGUCUUCUUAGAGAACUUGGUAAAUCUGUUUUUUAAGGAAUCAUAAUCAUUGUAUUUAUACUUAAAACACACAAUGUUAAAAAGCACUUUAUCCAAUUAGGCCAAGAUUUAGCAUUGUUUACAGCCCUGUAGCUAUUUUAUCAUAAUUUAUUAUCAGCAGUUUUCACAUUGAUGGUUUAACAGUUGCCAAUUACUUGGCCUUAAGGGUAAAAGUACAAUGGAAGCUUAACCUCAAUAGCAAAAGCAGACACAAAGAUACACCUCACCUAAAUUUAACUUCUCGCAUAUUUCAUUGAGAAAGCUUAAAUGAAUUGCAGACUUUGAUUGUGUUGAAUCUUUUCAUAUUUCUUAUAGAGUUGGAAUAAAAGAGCUGUUUGGUUAUUUCAGUUAACGAUCGUCGUGUUUAAGAAUUCUUCGUCGUCACAUUUUCGUUGUGAUCUCUUAUUUUCUCAUUAGAUCGGAGACUGGUAGCAUCUUCUCUCUCUCUCUCUCUCCCCCCCCCCCACUCUCUCUCUUUCUCUCUCUCUUGCUCGCUCGCUCUCUCUCUCUGAAAGCACCAGUGCCCAGAGUCUACUCUGUAAUUUAAUCAUGGACGUAGAUUGUUCUAAGAGAUGAAGAUACUUGCUGCUUAUUUUUGUGAAAACCGAGAUCUGGGGUUUUACAGUACGAGCUGGGUGCUGCACACGGAUUUGUCAAGAUUUGCUACUUCCUCUUGGCAACAAAAAGGCACCAUUAUAUGGAGUGUUGUAUAUAGUGUAGCAAAAGAGUAUUUAUACAUCUCACCAAUCAAAACACAGCUUUAUUACCUCAUGCGAACUCAUACAAACCAAUAGAAUUCCAACAUGUUCUGUAGCUUAGAGUCCUCACUUACUACCUCUGAACAAUACUCACAAUGUAGUUUGUCUCUUUCUUAUCUUUUUUGCAUCUUGUAAUUAACUCUUUGUUUCCCUUCAUGAAAUGUAAUGUACAUUGUAAUCUUUUAAAACAAAUCAGGGUUGCCUUUGCAACUUUUAAAAAAAUCUAAAGUAGAAACAUUGGGUCUUAAUUUAACACAAAAUCAGUAAAACUGUUGUAAAUACUGAGAAACAUUUUGAAUGUUCGUCAUCUUGUUACUAAUCCACGCAAAAAAAAAAAAAAACCCCAACAACCUAAUUGUGAUGCAUACAGAUUUCAGUAUUCAGUACUGUAUCUUUCACCCUGUGUAACGGGGCCCCUUUCCUUUUUCUCUUUUGUAUUGUAUGCGAUUCUGAAACUGAUUGAGUCAUGAAAAUAAUUUGUGGCAGUGAUUCUAAUGUAUUAAAAACGUUUCGUGUUACUUUCUAACUGGAUUACACCCUGGAUUGAAAAAAAGUCUUCCUCGUGGUAGUUAUAUGUAGUUUCAAACAUGAAUAAACUUUUUGCUUUCAUGAU